AUGUUCGGUCAAUUUGCGCCGAGUCGGAGGCGGUUCUACCUGAUUUUGGCCUGCGCCGCCACCGUGAUAUGCCUCCUCAAUCUACUCUUUCUCACUCAGACAGUGGACACCACUGUGAUCCGACUCCCCCACUUCGGCUUGUUCACGGCGACGACGAAACCCGUGACGGGACAGUAUGCGCUCGAUAAGCAUCCGAUCGUCAACCUGAUGGCGGGGGCGGAUCGCCAGUGGGUGGACUACGAGAACGAUCGCUCGACAAAUUUCCGACAAACCGUCGCAAAAUACCGGGAGACCUAUGGGCGACACCCGCCUCCGGGGUUCAAGGAGUGGUACAUGUUCGCCCGCAAGAAGAAUGCGCACAACGUGGAUGAUUUCAAGCAGAUCACCGGUGACUUGCGGCCUUUCUGGGCGGUUCCACCAGCCUUGAUCCGGAAAAUGGCUGCCAAACUCAUGCACAGUGAUGGCAUGAUGGGUGUCCAAAUCCGCGACAACAAAGUGGUGCAUUCGGAGGAAGAGGGGUGGAGGGUUGAAACACUGAGAAAAUCCGUGAAGCGCCUCGCUCGGUAUCUCCCAGAUAUGGACAUAGCACUUAACCUUCAUGAUCAGCCCCGAGUCAUGGUAUCAUGGAACGAAACGCAGGAGUACCUCCGCGCCGAAGUCCUGAGCAGAACCAUGCCUCCCGAUGCGCAAGACCAAUUCACCCGGGACAUGAAGUAUCUGACUGCCCAGGAGCCGGACAUCGAGGAGGUGGAUCCAUCCUGGUCUUCUCUUGCCGGGAAGCUCUACAUGGAUACUGCUCAAUACUCUUGUCCUCCUGAAUCCCCCGCGCGCAACCAUAACAUCACCGUCGAAGAGGCCAACAAGGCAUACAAGUUGUCCUCGGGUGGUUUUGUGACCAACUUCACCGCUUCCUCUGAUCUGUGCACUGUCGGGCCAGCUCUCGGCAAGAGCCAUGGGUUCUUGUUUUCGGCUUCCAGUAACCUUGUAACGAGGAAGCUGGUCCCGGUCUUCAGCGAGUGCAAGGUUAGCGUGAACAACGAUAUCUUGUUCCCUGCCAACAUGUACUUCAUGGACGACAAGCGCUACACCUACAACUCGCGUCAUGACUAUGAAUGGGAAGACAAAGAAGACAAUCUUAUCUGGCGCGGCGUUACAUCCGGAGGCGUUCAAGUUGCCGAUAACUGGAAGAACAUGCAUCGUCAACGCUUUGUACAGCUCGCAAACAGCACCGAGAUGGCCAACAAGACAGUAUCGAUUCUCUCUGAGACGAGCACGAAUCAGUACCACAACCAAACCGACUUCGAGCCCAGCAAAUUCGCUGCCGAUCACUUCGAUGUUGGCUUCACUGAAGCAUUCGGAUGCAUUCCAAACUGCUCUUUCUACGAUGAUGUGUGGACCCUCAAAGAGCCAAAGGACUUCAGCCAAACAUUCAAAUCCAAGUACCUCGUCGACAUCGACGGUCACAGUUUCUCGGGCCGGUGGCGUGCCUUCCAGCUUAGCAAAUCGAUGGGUAUCAAAGCGACCAUCUUCCGAGAAUGGCACGACUCUCGUCUCUUUGCCUGGCGCCACUUUGUUCCCAUGGACAAUCGAUAUGACGACCUGUACUCUAUCAUGACCUACUUCGUCGGACUGGGAUCUCGGAAGACAUCCACCAACGCGACAUCAAUCAGUGAGCCCUACGUUCCCAAUCACGACUUUGAGGCCGAGGUAAUUGCAGCCCAGAGCAGGGAGUGGGCACAGCAUGCAUUGCGGGAUGAAGAUCUCGAUAUCUAUCUCUAUCUACUUCUUCUGGAGUACGGCCGCAUCAUUGAUGAUAAUCGCGAUAUCAUUGGAUACAGUGGUGAUGGAAGUGAGCUGGACCAGUUCGACGAGCAACAUCCCUUUUCCCCGGUGAUCCAGAAUAUUGUCAUUCCUCCCUCGGGUGACCAUGAGCCAUGA